AUGUUGUCGCCUCGACUAUCCGUUGCGGCUCUAUUGCUGGGGUCUUCGACCGUCCUAGCAGGCACCGCUGGUUCGUUUGCCCAGGCUGGUAAUACACUCGUCAGUGCACUUUUGAUGUUUUUGGGGAAUGAGGAAACGGUAUACAUUAUCGACAAAGCUGAGGGGAACGCCGCUGCAGUCGCGGGCCAUCCAGCAUGGGGUGCAAAGUGGGAUAUAGCGUCGCAACAAGCAGAAGUGAUGGAUAUUCGAUCAAAUACAUUUUGUUCCUCAGGGAUGCAUCUGCCUAACGGUUCCUUCAUCAAUUUGGGUGGAAACGACGGUAUCACAAUAAACGGCGCUCCUGGUUCAAUAAAAAAUACAGACGGAUCAGGAACAGGCUUUUGGGACUCAAUAUACCAAGAUUUUGACGGACGAAAAUCGAUUCGCAUUCUUAAUCCUUGUGGAUCAGCCGACGAUAUAACCUCACCACAGUGUCGUUGGUAUGAUGAUUCUUCAGUUCUGGCGAUGAAAUCUGGGCGAUGGUAUGCUGCAGUAGAGCCGCUUGGGGAUGGUACGAUUGUUAUUCUAGGUGGAUUUACAGCUGGUGGAUACGUUAAUCGGGAGUUCCCUGUUAAAGAUCCUAUUACGCAGAGUGGCCAAGCACAGAACACCUACGAGUACUAUCCUCCGAAGGACGUUGCUCCUCCACUGGUUCAGUUCCUCGUGGAUGCAGGAGGCCUAAAUGCAUACGCGCACAUGUUUUUGAUGCCCUCAGGAAACAUCUUUGUUCAAGCUAAUCGAUCUUCCAUGCUUUGGGACCACACGUCCAACACGCAAACUCCUUUGCCAGACAUGCCAAACGGUGUUGUUCGUGUCUAUCCAGCUUCGGGUGGUGCUGCCAUGCUCCCUCUCACUCCCGCCAACAAUUACACGCCCACGAUCAUCUUCUGUGGAGGUUCAACAAUGCCAGACGAUGAUUAUGGUAAUUAUGGUGGACCCCACGCCGAGACUUGGAAUAUCCCUGCGUCGAAUGACUGUCAGCGUAUCACUCCAGAACCUCAGGAUGGAUCUGCGCCAGUAUAUGUAGCUGAUGAUCCCAUGCUCGAGACGCGCACCAUGGGACAAUUUAUUAUCCUCCCAGAUGGAACGUUGUUGAUGAUCAACGGAGGCCUGAACGGAACUGCUGGCUACACUACAAACCUCAACGAAUUCAUUACAGAACUCCCCUUUGGAACGUCACUGGCGUCUGGUCCUGUCUUUACUCCGGCCAUUUUUAACCCUAAUGCGCCACCUGGCAGCAGGUGGUCUAAUCAAGGACUAUCUCCAUCUACUAUCCCCCGCUUGUACCAUUCCUCUGCCAUCCUGCUCCCAGAUGCCUCCGUUCUGGUCGCCGGAUCCAACCCGAACCCGGAUGUCAAUUUGUCGACGGUCUUCAACACGGAGUACCGCGCCGAGAUUUUCUACCCACCGUACUUUAGCGCCAGCAUUCGCCCAGCACCCACAGGUAUCCCGAAGACACUGUCGUACGGUGGUGCUCCAUUCGACAUCACGAUUCCUUCAACGUCAUACACCGGCUCAUCAAACGAUGCUGCUGACAAUACGACAGUCGUGGUCGUCCGUGGUGGAUUUACUACACACGGCAUGAACAUGGGACAGAGGUUCUUGCAGCUGAACAAUACAUACACUGUGAACAAGGACGGAUCCAUUACCCUACAUGUAUCUCAGAUGCCUCCCAUCCCCAACAUUUUCCAACCAGGACCUGCAUUUGUAUACGUCAAUAUCCACGGGAUUCCAAGCAACGGCUCGUAUGUCAUCAUUGGCAGUGGCAACAUUGAACAGCAGCCAACCUCGCCUCCUGGUACACUCCCAUCAAGCGUCCGUCUCGACUCAGCUACAGGAGGGAUCCAUAACGGGACAUCCCAAGAUAACGGCUCAUCAGACAGCGACCCAAAGAAAUCUUCCAACCUCGGUGUCAUCAUCGGUGCCAUCGCUGCGGGUGUGGCCGUCGUCGCGGUUGUCGGAGCGCUCAUCGCCGUCUUCCUCGCCCGUCGCAGACGCGCUGCGGCCCGCCUCGCGCCGAGCAAGGAGUACCCACUCUCAACCGCAGGCGCUGGCUGGACAUCACACAACACCGAUUCGAGCGUGUUCGUCCCACUCGCGCAGGCCAAAUACGACGAUACGUGGGACCCACGGACGUCGUCGAUUAAUGCGCCAUAUAUGGACGAGCGCAGGGCGGCGUCGUCGAUUGGGAGCAGGAGCCAGGUGUUCGGAGAGUACGACCCGUACUCAGGCGAGCCUGCGCAGACUCAUGCAGCGCCCAUUUCGCACAGCGGUUAUCGAGAAUCGCCGUCGAGCUUCCGAUGA